AUGGAAAUCCCCGCACUCUCAGCGGGCAUAACUUUUCUUCAGGUUAGAGAAAAAGCAUUGCUAAGAUUUGGAGACCGGAUUGAUCUUGCCAAGAGGGAAAGAGAAGUCUUAGUUCGUUUACGACGGAGAGAUCAAUUCAAAUCUCGUUACGGUAGGUACCCUUAACAAGGCUUCAUAGAUAUUUCUAAGAUACUAAUAGGUGGCAUAGAAGAGAUUGAAAAUGAAACUGCGAGCUUGAAAUCUUUCGUGCAAGGUUUAUUUAUGAUAUGUUGUUGCCUUUUGGGACUUUUAUCGUCGGAGUACAUGCGAAUUGGAUCUGAUAUUUUGUCGAAGGAACGUUGUCGAAUUUUGUUUAUUGGAUGAAUUACAGUUUCUUUGAAAAAUUCGAAUCACCUCGAAAACACCUCGAAAACACAUCUAAAUUCUACUGAAUUCGAAAAGAAACACUACUCAUAAAAUGCGUCAGCCACUCUCUGCGAUCUCUACUUCGGAUUGAAGUUCUUGGCUCAUAUGUUCUGCAUUACCGUUAUCUUUUUGGAAGCCGGCGAUAACAUCGCUCUAAAUUGGCGGAAUUUUUCCUGGGUAAGUCUGCUUAUGAUGUUUUCUCUUCAGUUCACAAUACCGUAGAGCAAAAUAUAUCUGGAAUAUCGAGGUUCUAGGGCAUUGCAAGCUUUCGUCAUAUACUAACUCAUGGCGAUAGUGGCUUAUAGGAAUCGCAUAUAUGCAUGGCUGCAAAUUAUGCGACCUGAAGGGGUGGAAUGAUGACAGCAUGAUUGGACGUCAGGUCUAUCUCGAAUUUUGCUGCAUAGCAGCUGGUUUCUCAACUCUCUCCAUAUGGGAGGGUUUCACAAUCUUCGCCAAUACCUCGCACAUGGGAAAAGCAGCUUUGUUUUUGUCUGUGAUGAUUUGA